CUUCCCUUAAUUACCCACGACUUCACUUCCCUCUUUCUCUCUCUCCUUCUUGCUUUUCCCUUAAAUAGGUUCCGUCCGUACAAUUGGUAGCCGGAACACACCACCGAUGGAUUAGCUGAGCACAUCCCGGCAAUAUGCUUUUUCAGAUGACUCUGUCCAAAUUUCGGAUCAAUUAACGGUGAUAAAAUCCAAUCAUUUCAGGGAAAAUAAAAAACAAACUAUGGAAAUCCCCAUUCUCCUUCUCUAAUCUAAAAUCUUUCAGAUCCAUUUUUGAGUUCUCCUUCAAAGGGGAAAUUAUUCCAUGCAUGCCGAUCCAUUUUAACAUCGGAAUAACCGCCGUCGAAUUCCUAAUCCGUAGCUCGAUUAGUCAACCCAAUCCUUAUUAGAGGUUUUUUAUUGGGUCCAAAAUGUUGAAGAAAAUUAUGAAAGGAGGGAAUCGGAAGCCUUCCAAAUCGGAUUCAACGGAUGCAUCUUUAUACGGGGUCGGUCCACCAGGUUCCCGCAAUCCCGGGUCGGGUCCAACCCCCAAUGUGGUCGUCAACCACGUUUCUCGUACCGGGCCGUACGCUCCAGGCCCGAAUUCGGUCGCCCCAAUGGUCCCACCGCCGAUGGGCACUGUGGAACCCUUGCCGUUAUUCCGUGACGUCCCCAUUUCAGAGAGACAGAAUUUAUUCAUGAGAAAAUUACAGAUUUGUUGCUUCCAACUCGAUUUCUCCGAUACUUUAAAAUCGAUCCGAGAAAAGGAAAUCAAGCGGCAAACGUUGCUGGAACUCGUCGAUUUUAUUCAAUCCGGUUCGGGCAAAAUCACGGAGAUGUGUCAGGAAGAAAUGAUUAAAAUGGUCAGAAUCAAUAUUUUCCGGUGCCUCCCUCCGGCAUCUCACGAGAACACGGGACAGGAAGUCACGGAUCCUGAAGAAGAGGAGCCCUAUUUGGAACCCUCGUGGCCGCAUUUACAGCUUGUUUACGAGCUUCUUUUGAGAUAUGUCGUGUCUUCGGAUACGGACACUAAGGUUGCCAAGAGAUACAUUGAUCAUUCGUUUGUUUUGAAGUUGCUUGAUUUGUUUGAUUCGGAGGAUCCCAGGGAAAGAGAGUAUUUGAAAACAAUUCUUCAUAGGAUUUAUGGAAAAUUCAUGGUGCAUCGGCCGUUUAUCAGGAAGGCCAUAAAUAAUAUUUUCUACAGGUUUAUAUACGAAACGGAAAGGCAUAGCGGGAUUGGGGAGCUUUUGGAGAUUCUAGGAAGUAUUAUUAAUGGUUUCGCGUUGCCUAUGAAAGAAGAACAUAAGUUGUUCCUUGUGAGAGCGUUGAUUCCAUUGCAUAAGCCCAAACCCAUUGCUAUUUAUCACCAGCAGUUGUCUUAUUGUAUUGUUCAGUUUGUUGAGAAGGAUUAUAAGCUGGCUGAUACGGUUAUUAGAGGGUUGUUGAAGUAUUGGCCUUUGACUAAUUGUCAGAAGGAAGUUCUCUUCCUUGGAGAACUUGAGGAAGUACUUGAAGCAACGCAGUCUGCAGAGUUCCAACGAUGUAUGGUUCCUCUUUUCAGACAGAUUGGACGUUGCCUCAAUAGCUCUCAUUUUCAGGUUGCAGAAAGAGCCCUCUUUUUGUGGAAUAAUGAGCACAUUGUGAGCUUAAUUGCGCAGAAUCGACAGGUGGUAUUACCAAUCAUCUUUGAGGCAUUGGAGAGGAAUAUCCAAAGUCAUUGGAAUCAGGCAGUUCAUGGGUUGACUGUGAAUGUGCGGAAGAUGUUCUUGGAAAUGGAUGCUGAGUUGUUUGAUGAGUGUCAGAGACAGUUUGAAGAGAAGGAGGCUAGAGCCAGCGAGGUGGAAGAGCGACGAGAAAUGACAUGGAAAAAACUGGCAGAUGUGGCAGCGCAGAGAGGGGAAGACGACAUGAUUACAGUCUAACUGGAUAAUCAGAGUAGGUUUGUCUAGCAUAAGAAAUGAUUGGAUCUGGGAUGAUGGCUGUGCUGCUGUUCCCUUCUCCAUUUUGGUGGUAUUUUUUUUAUCCCUGCCCCAAAUUUUCUUUUUUCUUUUUAAAAUUUUUAUUUUUGGUCUCAAUCUGAUCGUUGAAGAUAACUGAGAAGGAGCAGUGAUAAAUGUAAUUUAAAAUGAAUGGAAUUGGUUAGUAACAUGAUGCAGAUUAAGACUAAUCUGUGAGGAACGACUUGUAUUUUUUGUCAAGCUAUUUCUUCUUCCAACACAAUGUUACUACUUGAGAUUUUCAUUUUUUAAGAUUAAAAAUUAGGAUCAAAAUUUUCCAAUUGGGGCAGCUGGAUAUCAAUGUGCCUUUGGUUUGGUUGGUUUAUUUUUACUAAAGGCUGACAGACUGGCAUGCCCAAUACAAGUGUACAACUGUUAGAAAUGUUAGGAUUUGGGAGACAGGUUGGAUAGAAGUUGAGAUAUUGUUCUAGACUUGUUAUGUAAUCAGAUUAGAUCAAUCUCUUUUGUUUUCUGCAAAUGAUUUUAGAAAGCUGUCAAGCCGACAAGGCAUGCUAUCAAAACCAAUUAUGGAUCUGAAAAUAUCUCAUUAUCUUUGAACUUGCACAACAUGUUCCACACUCUGUUUAUGUCAUCUUCUAGAGUGUUUCAGAUUGGCUAUUGUAAUUGUUAAAUCAAAUAAAAAGAAACUAAAAAAAAAUAGAAUGAAAUUAAAACAGAAAAAUAGAAAAGCUACAAAAAACCAAAAUACAAAUAUCAUAUUCAUAUCCACAAAAUGAAACUGUUUCGGAAAGCCUCAGUUUGUUGUUUGGAAAUAAAACCUGGAGAAAAAGCUAUCCACAUUUUCACAGCUUCUUUAUUUUCCUUUCAUUUCUUUGUCAUAUCUUCUUUUCGAGACUUCAACAACCCAAACCCAAAGUUUGUUUCCGUUUCAUCGUUAACAAAACAACGUCAAACUAGGAAGGCUUUCAUUGAAGUGAUAAUUUAGUACUAAUGCUCGAGUAUCUAAUUUAUUUUCUCAAUUCAUGCGAAGUAACUUAAAUACAACCAAAAGAAUCCUUGUGGCCUGGAGUUUUGGAUACGAAACAGUUGUGCAACUUUAUCUUAUUUACUUCAUUACUGCUUAUCUUCUGGAAAAGGCUUUAUCUAGGGCUUUUGCAUUGGAGAUUUUGCCAGUUAACUGUGGCUGGUGUUAGACCCGUUGAAGACUAUUCGAGAACAUUGGCUGUUGCAUUUAACUUUAGCAAAAGACACAAGUUGUGUCUUGUUUCAUUCUAACUAACUUUGGGC